CAUUCACGACUCGCAGUGCCGUCAACGGGUAGCCAGAAAUUAUGGAGAAUGUGCCGAGAUAACCUUGAAAUUAUUGUACAAAAAUAACUAAUUAUGUAACUAAUAAGGUGCACAGGUUGACGUUUCGUUGCAUUUCAAUCGUACGAUACAGAUAGAUCCGGAUUUGAAAUGCUAGUACCUGGAAGGUGUUUUGUACCUAGUCUAACUCACCUUUUGAGAUGCUCUGUCCGAUCUAGUCACAAGAAUUGGUUCAAAUUACACUCCGUUAGUUACUGUCCUUGCCAACAGAUACACACAUCAUACUUUUUGAACAUUAAAAAAGAGUAUAAAAAGUUGUACAAAGAAAAUGUUGGUCAGAUAGGAGUAAGACCUGUACAAAAUAUAACCGACUGUUUAAAUCCUAGUGAUAAUGAUAUCUCACAACAGAAAAGAAGGGUGAGCUUAGCUUCUACGCUGGUGAAUAAAUCUCCUGUUUCGAUACAGCCCUACUUAAGGCUUAUGAGAAUUGACAAACCAAUAGGAUCUUGGUUACUAUUCUGGCCUUGUGGAUGGAGCAUAGCGCUGGCUGCACCACCUGGUAUGAUUCCGGAUCCACAAAUGCUGGCAUUAUUUGGACUUGGAGCAUUUAUCAUGCGUGGAGCAGGCUGUACAAUAAAUGACAUGUGGGAUAGAGAUAUAGACAAAAGAGUCGCCAGAACAAAAGACAGGCCCUUGGUUAGCGGAGAAGUAACUCAGUUGGAAGCACUAGUUUUUCUCUCUGGUCAGCUCGGUUUGGGUCUUUCAGUUCUUUUGCAACUGAAUUGGUAUAGCAUUCUUCUCGGUGCCAGUUCAUUGGGUCUUGUUGUAAUUUACCCGUUAAUGAAAAGAAUAACUCAUUGGCCUCAACUUAUUUUGGGCAUGACCUUUAACUGGGGAGCAUUAUUGGGAUGGUCUGCUGUACAAGGUAGCUGCGACUGGUCAGUUUGUCUACCCCUUUACGUAGCAGGUGUUUGUUGGACAAUUUUAUAUGACACAAUUUAUGCACAUCAGGACAAAGUUGACGACAUUUUACUGGGAAUAAAGUCAACAGCAUUGAAGUUUGGAGAUAAUACAAAGGUCUGGCUAUCUUGCUUUGGAACAUCUAUGAUCAGCAGCUUACUCACAUCUGGAAUUAUGGUUGACCAAACGUGGCCAUAUUAUGUAGCUGUUGGAGUCAUCGGUAGCCAUCUUGCCAAUCAGAUCUACACCUUAAACAUCGACAACCCUACAGACUGUGCAAACAAGUUUGUAUCCAAUCACAGAGUCGGACUUAUACUAUUCACUGGUAUAGUAUUAGGUAAUUUAUUGAGAAGUAAAAAGAAAGAAACAGAAAAGAGUCAAAACAAAACUCAAUAUGCGAUAAAAGAAAGUAUAUAAUGUCAGAAUGUAAUCUCUAUCAGUCUCAGUCUAACUCUCUGAUCAACGGUUAAUUUAUACUAUGUGCCAUUGUAGUUUAUAAAAUGGUAUUCCAAAACAGAGUAAGGCUUGCAUGAGAUAAGUGACUAGUUUUAUUUCAACUUAGCCAUGUAUUUCGAAAUCAUAUACUAUUCAGUGGGAGGAUUUAUUGUCACAUUAUUCUUUGCAUUGUUGCAGAGUAUUUUUUCUGGCUAACAUAAUCUGUGAUUCUGUUGCACGUACGAAUGUAAAUAGUGAAUCCAAAGAUGAUAACUUAGGGUAGACAUAACGUUAUAUAUGAUACAAUGUAAAA